CUUUGAUCAACAGACCUUUUUCACUUCGUCUUCGUCUGAACCAACAUGUCUCCCAGCUUCUCGAUCAGCUAUGCUAACCAGUGCAUUGUCAUCACUGGUGGCAACCGAGGUAUCGGCCAUGCCUUCAGCGAGGCCGUUGCCAAAGCUGGUGGCAACAUUGCUGUUAUCUACAGGAGUGCCCCCGACGCCGAGAAGGUCGUUGAGGAAAUUGGGAAGAAGUACAACGUCAAGGCUAAGGCUUACAAGUGCGACGUCUCCAACACUGCCCUCACCGAUGAGACCAUGCAGAAGAUCGACAAGGAGCUCGGCCCCAUCACUGGUCUGAUUGCCAACGCCGGUGUCUCCGUCGUCAAGCCCGCCUUCGAGCUCACCCAAGACGACUUCAACUACGUCUACAAUGUUAACGUCUUUGGGGUCUUCAACACUGCCAGGGCCGUCGCCAAGGUCUGGAAAGAGCGAGGCCACAAGGGCUCCAUCGUCAUCAACUCUUCGAUGAGCUCCCAGAUCAUCAACAAAGUCAACAACAACUCUCCUCUCACCCAAGUGUUCUACAACUCUUCCAAGGCCGCUGUUUCGAACCUCACCAAGGGUCUCGCUGGAGAGUGGGCUCAGUAUGGCAUCCGGGUCAACGCUUUGUCUCCUGGUUAUGUUAACACCGACCAAACUGCUUUCAUGGACAAGAACAUCCGUGACUUCCAGGCCAGCCAGGUGCCCAUGGGCCGAUUCGCCGAGCCCCACGAGAUGACUGGCCUCGCACUCCUCUUGUUGUCCGAGCACGCCUCAUAUAUGACUGGAGCUGAGUACUUCGUUGACGGUGGUCAAUUGGUCUACUAGACGUCGUCCUAAAAUUCGUGUAGUCUUCGUCCAUCCGUAACGCAGGCUUGGAUUAGAUGUAUUAUUAGCGCCUGAUACCCUCACAUAACUAUGAAUUAAAAUUUAAACAGAUGCGGAAGCAUUCGGUCUUC